AUGAAACAGUAUCUGCUAUCAACAACGGCACUCGCGUGCGUGAGUCUUGCCGCAGCCACGGAGUAUUAUCCUCCUGCAGGCAUCCCACUCCUACCACUCCCCGACCUUUCCAUCGCCCCCAAGUUCGAUCCUGAGCCACUGAAGGCUGCACUGGACCGACUGAACAGUGAGGCGAUUCUCUUCAACACGUCUUCCACCUCUUACUCGGUCUCGAUAACCACGACUGAAGAUACAGUUUUUGAGUACCAUUGGACUGCACCAAACGUAAACACCACAGUUGGCGUCAGCGAGAUCAAUGGCGACACAGUCUACCGCAUCUUCUCGGUGACGAAACUGUUUACCGUCCUUUCUGCAUUGCUCCAGGAGGGAUUGGACAUAGACGGUCUUGUUUCUAAGCAUGUACCGCAGCUUGAAGGCUCGAAAAACUUCGAGAACACGACUUUGCGAAUGCUAGCCAGCCAUCUGUCUGGCGCUCCGCGCGACGGCUACGCCUUCGACACCUCUCUUCGGGGACCUCCUGAUUUCCUACAGGGCGAACUCGGCUUGCCGGAAAACACUACUGUCCCUGAGGGCUUCCCUAUUUGCAAUUCUAUAGAAUUUGGCCUAUGCGCUACUCGAGAGGAAUUUUUCGAAGGAGCGCUCAUAAGCAACUAUGUAUGGCCCGUCGGUCGUACUCCCGCAUACUCAAACUAUGCCUUUGUCAUUCUUGGCUACGCCAUCGAGUCUUUCACAGGCAAAUCGCUUCGAGACGUUAUCGAAGACAGCAUCACGGGCCCUCUUGGCUUGAGCUCAGCGACUGGCCUGGACAGUCAGGAUGCAUCGCUGAUGGUCAUACCUGGAGAGGUCGAUCACUUCGGUACUCAGGACAUCGGGGAAUGGAACGGGACUGCCGGCAUGUUCUCAACGCCCAAGGACCUCGCCCGCUUUGUUCGUGGCCUCCUCAACAACGAGUUACUCUCGAGCACCGACAUGGCCAAAUGGUUGAAGCCCGCCUCCUUCACCUCUUCUUCCAAAGGCGAAGCUGUCGGCAUGCCCUGGACCGUCUUGCGUCCCACAAGCCUUGGCCUUGACUCAGGCGAGAGACCCAUCGAUAUAUACACCAUGCCCGGCGGACAGGGAUACUACAACGCCUACGCAGCCAUCAUCCCGGAGUACCAGCUCGGCUACACCGUCAACGUGGCUGGUGUUGGCGACGAUCCGGCGCUGCGAGCCCUGCUCGACCAUCUUGUGCGCUACUCUGUCCCGCAUUUUGAUACCGUGGGCCGGAAGCAGGUCAGGGAAAACUAUGCGGGUCGCUAUGGUAGUAGUGAAUCGGCAAUCGAACUGGUGGUCGAUGAUGGUCCCGGUCUCAAGGUGAAGAGCUGGACUACUGGCGGCAAAGCUGUGUCGGAUGCGUGGGUCGAGUUCUUUGGUUCUGCUGCGCUGAACGCGGUUGAUGCAGACGUCAGAAUCUAUCCCAUCGGGGCGGAUAACCGUUGGCGCGUGGCAUUCCGGGGCAUUUCCGAUAUGAAUAGUACCGGUAUCUUUGAGGAUGCUUGUUAUACUUGGUUCAGUCAUGGGGCGUGGCUAUAUGCUGGUCUGCCGGUGGAUGAGAUGGUGAUUAGUCUUGGUGAGAACGGAACAGCUACUAUGGUCAGUGUGCCUGGUCUUCGGCAGAAUCUGGCUAGGUCUUGA